UAUUCUGCCGUAUAUAUGUCUCUGCUCUACACUCUUACCUCAAGCAGAUCUGGAUAGCAGCGUCGUUUCAGUGGCUUGAGCAGAGCCUGCCGCCAUACGUCUCUCCGUCUCACACCGCAACGAGAGGAUGCCCAUAGAGAAUAUGCCCAAAGAAGCAAACGAAGUGGAUUCACCACAGUCUCAACAUCAAGAGAUCACCGUCGAGCAUGGUUCACCUUUGUCCAAUGACGAAUUGUUGAAGAUAAUACAGGGAGCCAAUGGCAUGCCGGUGCUCUUCAUCCCCUCUGGCAACGGUCGGCUUGCGGCUGUAGCUGUCGACGGCCUUCAGAAUCUGGUGCCCACCAAUCCCACAGGCGAUCAAUCUGCUAAAAAAGAGAGGCUCCAAGACUUUCGUGCCUGGCUACUUUUCCUCACUUCACUGGUUGCCACCAUGUCCUACACCGCGGGGCUUACUCCACCCGGUGGUUUCUGGAGCGCCGAUGACAAAGAAAAGGGAUACAGCGCUGGUGCGUCGGUUAUGCGUGACAAGUUCCCCCCGAGGUACCUGGCUUUUUGCUACAGCAACGCCAUCGCCUUCUUCUCGUCGUUGAUCAUCAUUGUCAUGCUAGCAGGAAACAUAAAUAAAGAGUUCGUCAGAUUUUACAAUCAAAUUUUCAAGAUGCUUGUAGCACUUUGUCUCAUGAGCGUGGUGGCCAGCUUCGUCUCCGGCACGUGGGAAAGCAUGCUUCAAGCUUACAUGUAUGUGCUGCUUCUAGCUAUCAUUUUCGUCAUGCUGGUCGCCUUGUGUGUGCGCGAACGGCACAAGCAUCAGCAAGAUGAUUGAUUUUUCAGAAGAAGAAACAGCAUGCUUUUGCCAGACUUCCUUGGCGGACUACUCACUGCAAGCAAUGAUAAUUGUCUUGUUUUUGGAUCAGUUGUGUUAUUGAUAUGCUCGAGAUACAGGCAAUUAAUUUUUGCAAACUAUUAAUUAUGGGACCCAUUAUGUGUAAGUUGCCUGAACAAAUCGUGUUAGUAACUAUUUUUU